AUUAGUUCUACGUAGAUCGAUCACUAAGCAAUAUAAAACGCGUACUCUAGACACUGCACAAAGCAGAUCUGCUGGUAUUCCCGAUCGGCGUCUCAAGAUGAAGUGGUGCUUGGCAUACUGUCUGGCGAUUUGCGGCUUUGUCAUCCAUCAAAUUUCCACUGCCGACGAAGCAGAUCCGUCCUUGAGCACCGAGGAGGAUGGCGAUGACUACGUCGAUGUGGGCUUGGAAAACUGCACAAAAUUAUCUCCUGUGCUAAGUACGACCAACCAGACCUACCAGUGCUCUCACCUGUGCUCUGAAGGUGGAUACGCGAAUGAAAUGGACGGAACGCCAUGCAUGGAAGAGCGCUGUGCAGAAGGUGGGGGAAAAGCGCACAGCAAACAGGAAGGUGGAUGUGGCAACGAAACAGUCUUCUUGAAUGGGACAUGUUCGAAUGGCACCUGUAUUCUCUGAGGGGAAGGCAGUGUUCACACCAUCGCUACCGUCACUGCUUUGUGAGACAAUUUCUAUUAAAAAAAGAAACAGGUGCUUCCUUGCAACAUGCGACAUUGUAUAAAUCCAUUUUAAAGUGUA